AUGGCUAUCCGAGAUUCUUCUAGCGCAUCAUUAAGCGCAAAUACAACAAAUAUUAAUACUAAGCCAUCACCGUCAUCAUCGCCCCCGUCAAAGGUAUCAGAUAACAUCAAGCCUGAAUCAUCAUCCUAUACUGCAAAGCCACUCUCUGAAUCUCCUAAUCAAAAAUGUUCGAAUUGUGGCACUAACAAAACCCCUCUUUGGAGGAGAGCUCCUGAUGGCACCUUGAUUUGUAAUGCAUGCGGUCUAUAUUAUAAGGCAAAUAAUUGCCACCGUCCAGUUAAUCUCAAACGGCCUCCAAAGUUUGUGAAAAUUGAUAAAAGCUCUAUAACAGAAAAUGGAAGCUGUGAAGGUGAUGGUCGGUGUAAUGGUACCGGUGGCACUGCUGCUUGCGAAGGAUGUCCCGUUUAUAACAACAGAGUUAUCAUUCCACUAAAUCACAAUCCAGAUAAUAGUAUGAGCAGCAAAAAUGAUUCCCAUGCGAACUCAGAAAAUGAAAUCGAUAUGAACUCUCAAGAGAAAAUAUAUCUUAAAAGUGAACCCGUUUCAAAGAAAUCAUCCCCGACGGUUGCACCAUCCCCAACGGUUCCGAAGGAAAACAAUGCCGGAAAUGAUGUUAUUGCUUCUGAUUCUUCGGUGGCUAUUGCUUGUGCUAAUUGUCAAACCACAAUUACACCACUUUGGAGAAGAAAUGAUUUAGGUGAAACCAUUUGUAAUGCGUGUGGGUUAUAUUAUAAGUUGCAUGGUUGUCAUCGUCCAAUAAAAAUGAAGAGCGGCAUAAUCAAGAGAAGAAAGAGAAAUAUAACCAACUCAGCACACAAUGUUGAUCAACAGGCUCUAGAUCAAACUCCAUCGCCUUCGGACGUGAUAAAACCACAUCAGCUGCGACAGGGAACUCCGACACCAUCGAAUAAGAUUGUGAACAAUGAACAUAAAAGGCCUAUUGAAUUGACGGACUUUGACUCACCAAGAAGGGUUUCUCCUCGACAGCAACCUGUUGAGCAAAGACCCGGGUUCCAAUUGCCGCCAUUAACAUCCAUAAUUGGUGGGCCUGUUACAACACCCUCAACUCUUGUAAGUCAUCACCAAAAACAUUUGCCCCCUCUUGCGUCGAUUAACGGUACCAAUAACCCUCAUCAAGGCGGUUACUCUUCAAGACCAUUUUCUCCACCUAUGCCAAUCAACAACCCACCAGAAACAUAUAUGGACCCAGCAUCAACGCGACAUUACCAAUCCACCAUGGUUGCUCCAAUUCCUCACUCUUAUGGAGUUCUCCUGCUGCCAUACUCCUAUGCUCCCCUAAAUGCAUCUCAUUUACAACCACCUGCUACAUUUCUGCAAGCUCCAGCCUCGUAUCCUCCUCCAAGAUCUCAUAGCACUGGUAUAACAGGUGUAGUGGCUGCUGCUACUAUUCAAAAACCACCAAACGCUAGUUCUGGAAACUCGCCAAGUAAUGGUGACUCUAAAGAUCCUCCAUUAUCAAAAAUGACAUCUUCAGAGAAUAGUGGUGAUUCGAGGGACAGGCACUUAAGCAUCAACUCCCUAUUGAAUAGAUGA